AUGGUCUCUCCUGUUUACAACGCCCAGGAGAUACAUAGCAGCAGUCAGGAAUAUGACAAAUUUGGAUGUGGCUCUGUGAUGGUUUGGGGCGGAGUUAGUUUGGACGAGCGCACAAUUCGUCUUGUUCCCGGCGAUUGUGUGCUCAAACUUACAUUGAAAAUGUGCUCAAGAUCAUGUUUGGCCCCAGAUAUGGUAUGGGCCCAGAUUUUCUUUUAA